UCCCCCGCACUCCAUCCAUCGCCUCGCCGCCGUUGCCCGCAACCCCCUGUCGACCCAAUCUCAAUCUCACAUCACCUUCCCCGACGGGACGGGACCCGGCGCCUCGUCCUCUCCACAUCUUACGCCCGCCCGCCCGAGUCUUCUUCGCCGCCAAAAGGAAAAGAUGCUCUACAAUAUCCACUGCCGUGCCCAAAUCCAAGCCCUGCAGGCCCUCUUCGAUGAGCUGGGCCACUCCAAUGACUUAAUGCUUGUGAAUCUUGUCUCUCUAGAGUUGGUGCGCAUAGCGUGCGAGUCGUAUGCACUCCUCCGCCCGCUGAUCAAGGAGUAUGUGUUCUGGGCAUGCCCGGAGCUGGAAAACCUCUCGGUCAUGGCAUGCUUGUCGCUGGAAAUCCAAAUGCUCGAGCAUGAUGUGUUACCCCAGCUCAAGGUUCAGGAAGCCAAGCUGGAACAGGGCGCCCUGGAAGCCCUCCUACUCAUGAAGAACUCAGCAAUUUUGCUCUUAGAUCUGAGGAAGCGCUUUAUGUUAGCCUUGGGCGUAUUGCUUGCCGAGGACGAUCUGGUCUUAGCCCGAGUCAAAAAGCUGAGCAUAAUGCUAAAGGAUACUGCUGAUGAUGUACUCGAAGGUAAUGGUAACAUUGCCUGGCUUGAGGAGCGUGUCCCGUUGCUGGUCCAGCUGGUCACCAAUGUGUUGGAGACCCCGUGCAUCAUUGGUUACGACUCCAGCUCGCGCGCCCUCCGUGGAUCAGGCAUCAACGGUCGCAGUUCUGAGGACGCCACCUCCUCUGGUGCUCUGCAACCAUCUUCCCCACUAAGGUGUGCGUGGUGAGCUGGGCGCUAGUCAUGGAUGGGGAUGUUGCUAUCGCUAGGGGCCGCACCGUGGGGUCUCGUCUUUGGUAUAUCGACCACCAGCUCCGAUAGCUGCACGUUCCACAGGCUACAGCAGCUCGGCAUGAUGCUGUGCGGCGCUUAGCUUCUACAUCACAGCCUCCCUCCCUGAGCAUCUCCAUCCUUUGCACUUCUCUCUUCGAGCACUUCAUACACCCUUGCAGGCUUCACCCUGAACAAAUUCUGCCUUUUGCAGCCCCCCUGUUGCACACCUUGGAAUGGUGCUUGUGCCUUUUACAGCCCCUAAGACUGCAGAUUUUAGGAUGCCAAGAUGCAGACUAUGUACAGUCGAACAGAGAAACAAGAUAUGUGCCAUGUAUAGAGAAGAAUGUGCAAACCUAUGUUUUUCCUAGGGGCUAGAUAUACAGGUUGUGCUUUAAAAAAAACUGCGGAUGAAAAUUUGCUUUUUUCUGAAUGCAUGUCUUUUUUAUGAACAUAUACAUGCAGUACCUAAAAGCAUUUUUCUGAGACAGAUUUGCCUUUUGUUCCUAUAA